UCCGGAUGACCUUCCAUCUGGCCUACCACCAGAACGCCCUCAGGACCAUCGGAUCGAACUCGAACCUGGCGCGCAACCAAGUGUCUGGACACAGUGGCGACCGACAACCCGAGCUCCAUGAAUUACGGGACCAGCUGGACUAUUUGCUGGCCAAAGGGUUUGUUAUACCGAGUACGUCCUCGUUCGCUGCCCCGAUCCUGUUCACACCCAAGAAAGAUGGGGGCCUCCGAAUGUGCAUCGAAUAUCAUGCCCUAAAUCGGGUUAUGAUAAAAUCUCGCUGCCCUAUCUCACGUGCGAAAGAACUGAUUGACCAGCUGCGAGGCACUCGCUAUUUCUCGAAGAUCGACCUUCGUGGCGGUUACCACCAGAUUCGAGUCUUCACCGACGAUUGCCACAAGACCGCGUUUCGUAAUCGCUACGGUUGCUACGAAUACACUGUCAUGCCGUUUGCGUUAACGAAUGCCCCCUCGACGUUCCAGCUGACGAUGAACGGGGUAUUCCGAGAUCUACUUGAUAAAUGUGUGAAUCAAUUUUACCGUCUACUUUGUGAAUUACUCAUUCAAAAAGUCCACGAUUCGAACUUAUCGGGACAUUUCGGGGUUGACAAGACUCUGAAGGCACUGCAAUGGUUUUAUUACUGGCCAGACAUCAUUUUGGAGAUGCAAAAUUAUGAGGGCGCGUGUACAGCCUGUCAGACGAUGAAAUCAUCACGCCAGUGGUCAGUAGGACUGUUGCAGCCCCUCGAGCCACCCCAGCGACCUUGGCAACACGUGACAAUGGAUUUUGUCACCGGCCUACUAGCCGGACCAAGUGUUAACAACGAGGCUCUUGUCGUUGUCGACCGCCUCACGAAAAUGGCUAAGUUCGUGCCAUAUCGCACGACGAUCACAGCCGAAGAAACCGCGCGUCUGUUCAAUCUCAGUUGUCGUUCGCCUGCAUGGUAUCCCUACGGCGAUCAUCAGCGACAGGGACCCGAAACUCACCUUGCGCUUCUGGCAAGACACGUGGAACCGAUAUGGCACCCGCCUACAGUUCUCAUCUGCCUAUCAUCCGCAAACCGACGGUCAAACAGGACACAUGAAUCAGACCAUGGAACAGUUGAUUCGCACGAACUGCCUGGACAUCAACAAAUGGGAAGAUUUCCUACCCAUGCUCGAGUUUUACUACAACAAUGCACCCUCCGCCACGACCAAUCAUUCGCCCUUUUUCCUGAAUUACGGGAUGGAUCGAACAGUACCCAUUUCCAUCAACGUCGAAAGCCAAGUCCCCCGCUCAUAGCAUGUGUCAUCGUCUACCUGGAUGACAUCCUGGUUUACAGCACCUCACGGGAACAACAUUUGAAGGACCUGGAAGCAGUUUUUACCCUCUGCAAUCAACACCGACUCAUCACCGAGGGCUCUAAGUGCAAGUUCUUAAAAGAGGAUUUGGACUUCCUUGGCCACGUCAUCUCCACUGCAGGUUCGCAACCCAAAAAAAUUGGAUUAAAAUCGACCCGAAGAAAAUCUCCACGAUUCGCAAUUGCGAGCUGCCUACUAAUGUCAAGGAUUCCAUCCUACCGACUGUUGCAGGAAUUAUUGAUAGAGGAGGUUCACGACGCUAAUUGCUCAGGACAUUUCGGGGUUGAUACAAUAUUGAAAAUGCUCCAACGUCAUUAUUACUUGCCGAAUGCGAGCCAUGACGUGCAACAAUAUGUGGCGUCCUGUCCCACUUGCCAACUGAUGAAAUCCUCUCGCCAAAAGUCUGCUCGAUUACUGCAACCGUUAGAACCGCCCACAACGCCCGGAUACAUGUUGAAUGAUGACUAGUGGGAGAGUACAGAUAGAUAUACCUAAGUAUUGUACCCUCUAAGAGGUGACCCUAUACAGUCUAUGCAAACAUAACUAAUACACAUGUUUGACACAC